UCUUCAUCCACAUCUAUGCAGCGCGUCCUUAUCCUCGCCGCCGAGCUCGCCUUCGCGUCUUACGCCGCAGCUUCCGUUGCUGGGCCUGUCACGAGCACCGACUUCCCCGACCCUAGCAUCGUCAUCGCGGAUGGAACAUACUACGCAUACGCAACAAACGGGAACGGGUACAACAUCCAGCUUGCAACCUCCACCGACAGCGGUUCCACCUGGACCGUCCUAGCGCAAGAUGCCCUCCCUACCGUUGGCUCGUGGGCCACGGGGAACAACGGUCUGACAUGGGCGCCUGAUGUCAUUGAUCGUGGAGAUGGAACCUAUGUCAUGUACUAUGCUGGGGAAUCAACUUCUGAGGGCACUCACUGUGUCGGAGCGGCCACCGCCACGACCCCGCUCGGCCCGUUCAGCCCGGAGUCUUCAGCUCUCGCCUGCAACGCAACUGGGGGCGGCGCCAUUGAUCCGUCAGGGUUCCAGGACUCGGAUGGGACGCGCUAUGUUGCUUACAAGGUCGACGGAAACAACCUUGGUGGCGGUGGUUCGUGCGGGAACGGGAACCUGGAGUACUCGACACCUAUCAUGCUCCAACAGGUGGAGAGCGACGGUGUGACACCGACUGGCGAUGCUAUCCAGAUCCUCGACCGUAGUGAGUACGAUGGUCCUUUGAUCGAGGCACCGAAGAUCGUGCUGGUGAACGGAGUCUAUGCCUUGUUCUUCUCCUCCAACUGCUACAACACCAAUCUGUACGAUGUAAGCUACGCGACUGCAUCCUCCGUUACGGGACCAUACACGAAAGCGUCUUCGCCCCUGCUUGUCACCGGAGACGACAGCCUGACGGCACCCGGCGGUAUGACGCCCAUCCCGGAUGGCUCGUUUGCAGUGUUUCACGCAACGACCAACUCAGACCCUCUGACGAGGCCUAUGUAUACCGCUAAGCUGACCUGGGAUGGGACUGUCGUCUCUGCAGCAUAGGUUGGGUUGGAAAAGCACGUCACGGUCCCACUCAUUUGUAAACGUAGAGGUACUUCAUGGCACGCCAAGAAACUAGUUAGGUCAAGUCAUCAAUCUAUAGAACCGGACGCAUAUAUCCCAAACGCACCUAUAUUGUCUAAGUAGCGUUUGAC